AUGAAUCUACUUGCCAAGGAUGAAGAUUUAAGGUACAUGGCUUUGAAAGGGUACAUCGACAGCAAUUGGCAAAAUGUCGAACCAAUCCCCACUGAAGACAACAGUUCGGCUUCUAGUGAUGAGGAACGUGUCGUUCUCAUGGGCUUACACGAUACCAGCGUACUUAUCCAGGAUUUAGCAUCGACGUCACUUAUUCAAUCGUUUUGCAAAUGCAAGGAUAUCGCUGCGGUGUACACUUUGUUCCAUAGUCUAUUGAACGAUAUGUCGCUUCCCUGUACGAGAGGUCUCAAGACGUUACUCGUGUCUACGAGUGCUGAGGGCAGGCCCGUGUCAGUUUCACUCGAAAACGUUACGAAAUAUUGUCUUAAUUUGGUGGAACAUCAACACUUGAUGCAAUCCAUCCAUUGGGACGUUUUCAUCGAGUUGAUCAACCAUUACUCUGAGUUAAAACCGUUGGAUUCGCUAUUCUUGCAGGAAUUGGUACCGUUGAACCCGCCAGAUAAUGUCAUCAAAGCAGUGGUACCGCAUCUUUCCAGAUCCCUAAUUUCAAACUACAACAACUUCGAUGCUCAACAGUUACUUAUGAUCUCAGAGUCUUACCCUCAUAAAUUCACCAGAGACAAGGCAAACAGUAUACUUACGGAAUGCGUUGAUCAGAGUUCAGAUGUUUCCUUAGAGAAAGUUAAGAUGUGCUACAAUUUAUUCUGGUUCUGGUAUACGCCGCAGGGUGGUGUUCCGACAGAGAUUCUCAACCUUCUCGACCGGUUCAAGAACAUUACCAAGGAUGAGGGCGAUUUGAACGACGCGUCCGAUUCCGAUGAGUUUGAUAUUUCGUUAUCUGAAGAUGAGGAUAGCGUACCAAUGUAUGAGGAAACGCAAACAGGUAACGGGAACCAGGAAGAAGUGAACGAAGUGAUCUCCCAGUUCGAAUCGUUGAUCAGCUCUGCAUCAUCUUUCACACAGCAACAUCAAACCACUACACCAUCCUCUCAGAUAACGCAACCACCGAGAUUGUACUCCGAAAUACUCGUUUCCACACCGGCAGAUUCCGAAGAACUGUUGGAAACAUGGCUCAAAGAGUAUCAGGAUUACGAUCUCAAUCUUACAAAAUCAAUCAUUGACCAAAUCUUGGAAUCUGAAUUCACUCUUUUCCAAUGGCAAUGGCUCAUCACCAUGGCAUCAAGACUACCAACAGAUGCAGUAGUCCAGUUUCUACCCAGAUCCGUCACCUUCCUCAAACCAAUGAAACGGUUUGUCCAAGUGAUUCAAGUGGGGAACUUGAAGCAACGACAGGAUGACGCAUUAAACCUCAGGUUGCAACUCUGGUCCCUAAUAGACUCGCUACUAAAUUUCGAUGACCCGCUAAAUCUAGACCAAGUGUUUGUCCUCACACUAAUCAUACCGUACCUACAAUAUGGGCUCAAAGACUGUGUAAAGGACAGCACAUUCCAACCGGUUCUACUGAGCAUUUUGGACAAAUUAAAAGACCAUUGCAGCCCUUUAAUCAUAACGAACGAACCGCUUUUACAAUCACUGGAAGAACUAAACCAAGAACAACACCCAUGGAUCAUCCCCACAAUAAAUUCAAUCAAGUUCAAGAUGUUAUAG